ACAAUUCAUCAGCUGGAGAAUGAGCUUAGAGGAACAAAGUGGGAAAUGGCACGUCACUUGAGGGAAUACCAGGACCUCCUCAAUGUCAAGAUGGCCCUGGACAUUGAAAUUGCUGCAUACAGAAAGCUACUGGAGGGCGAAGAGACAAGAUUCAGUGCCUUCUCUGGAAGCAUUACUGGACCUGUAUUCACACACAGGCAACCAUCAGUCACAAUAGCAUCCACUAAAAUUCAGAAAACAAAAAUUGAACCACCAAAGCUGAAGGUCCAGCACAAGUUUGUAGAAGAAAUCAUUGAAGAAACGAAAGUAGAAGAUGAAAAGUCUGAAAUGGAAGAUGCCCUAGCAGCUAUUGCAGAAGAAAUGGCAGUCAAGGCCCAGGAGGAAGAAAAAGCAGAAGCAGCAGCUGCAGAGGAAGAAGAGAAGGCUGCUGCAGAACAAGCAGCUGAGGAAGAAGAGAAGGAGGAAGAAGAAGCCGAGGAGGAAGAAGAAGCAGCAAAAUCUGAUGCAGCAGAAGAAGGAGGUUCUGAAAAAGAAGAAAUAGAGGAAAAGGAAGAAGGGGAGGAAGCUGAGGAAGAGGGUGAGGUAGCUGAGGCCAAGGGCAAAGCUGAAGAGGUAGCAGCAAAGGUAGAGAAGGUCAAAUCGCCUCCCGCUAAGUCCCCCCCUAAGUCCCCCCCUAAAUCUCCUGUAACGGAGCCGGCCAAGGCUGCCCAGAAAGAACCAGCUGCAGAAGCAGGAAAAGAACAGAAGGUGGAGAAAGGUGUUGAGAAACCAGCCAAGGAGGAGGAGAAAGCAGCAUCUCCAGAGAAGCCAGCAACGCCAAAGGUAACCUCUCCAGACAAGGCAGCAACCCCAGAGAAGCCUGCGACCCCAGAGAAGGCAGUGGCCCCCGAGAAGCCGGUGACUCCGGAGAAGCCCCGCUCCCCAGAGAAACCAGCGACUCCGGAGAAGCCCCGUUCUCCAGAGAAACCAGCGACUCCGGAGAAACCAGCCUCUCCGGAGAAACCAGCCUCUCCGGAGAAGCCGCGUUCCCCGGAGAAGCCGGCCUCCCCGGUCAAAGAUGGGAAGGCUGUGGUGGAGGAGACCGUCACUGUCACAAAGGUAACCAAGAUUAGUGCAGAGGUAGAGAAGGAGUCCAGGAAAGAAGACAUUGCAGUGAAUGGUGAGGUGGAGGAGAAAAAGGAGGAAUCCAAAGAGAAGGAGGUUGAGGAGGAAGACAAGGGAGUUGUCACUAAUGGCCUAGAUGUGAGCCCGAUUGAUGAUAAGGGUGAGAAAAUUGUAGUGACCAAAAAAGCAGAGAAAAUCACUGGUGAAGGUGGGGACAGUACAACCACAUACAUCACAAAGUCGGUGACGGUCACUCAGAAGGUAGAGGAACAUGAAGAAAGCUUUGAGGAGAAAUUAGUGUCCACCAAGAAAGUGGAGAAAGUUACUUCACAUGCUGUAGUAAAAGAGAUUAAAGAGGCUGAAUAAACUAAACCAUAGCUAAGUUAGACAAAACUCAAGAGCUUGGGUCGGUGCAAAAGGUUAAGCCAUAUGACAGCUGCAAAAUGCAUGUGAGUGACGGCUUCAAAGCAGAAUGGGUUCUCUCCUGGAGGCUCCAGACACACAGUAUUUUACUUUUUCGUGCAAUAUAAAGGGGAGGGGGGGGGAAUGCAUGCAGGCUCAAGAUGUGCUCCCUCCACAGAGCUUGGGGCUCUACAAAAAAUACUACUAUAAUAGUGCAUGAGAUGAAAUGUGCAGAGGAAGCUUUUGAAUCUCCUGAGCUGUUGGAGGGACAUAUCUGAGGAAUGACUUAAGAUGUAUUAUGCAAAGAACCAACUGAGCCAAAAGGACAAACAGAAACAGUCAUAGAAUAUUCAUGAGAACCAGAACUCUCCUAGCCUUAAAAAAAAAAGCUACUUAUAAAUAAUUAUGUUUACCUCACUGGUGCAAUUUAGGGUGGACUUUUGCUCAUGGGAGAACCUAGUUGACAUGCACAGUACGCAACCUUUUGUUGUUUGAUGUAAAAGUCACAGCAGUUCUUGCUCAAUAAAGGUCAAUACUGAAAACAAGA